AUGAAGAAGGAGAAAGGGAACCGAAGGGAUGGAUUUUCGUCGAUCAACGACGGCGCGAACCGCUACGCUCAAGUGGUCGACGACCUCGCCGAGUGGAACGCCAGCUUCGUCGAGCUCUUCGUCAAGGUCACGGCGUUCGUUCACGGAGUUCGCCUUCGCAGUCCGCCGACCCGAGAGGAGCUCCUGGUCCCGCUAUGGGAGCGGCGCGGCGAGCUGGCGUACUCGCGGUCCACGACGGCCGUCGUGGUUCCCACGCUGUACCAGCAGGCCCCGUACUUGUACCCGGUCAGCGUGCCGGCGCACUUCAACUACGCCACGGUCGGGGCACUGUUGGCCACAGCAAUAGCGGAGGUCAUCGCGCCGGUUCUUUUGACAGCGAAUGAGUCGAGGAGAGACUCGGACCGACACAGCGGCUCCUGGUGGACUCGAGGAGCGAUGCGUCAGUACCGAAUCAGCGCCGCGUGCCUUGAACAGCUGCACAACCACCUGGGUCUGCAGCGACGGGUCAGCGGCGGCGGCGGCGAGCGGCAGCGCCACGAGAUGGUGCUCCGCGCCCAGGGCCUGCGGCUCGCGUAUGACGCCCUGGUGGCCAGCUACGGCAGAUCGGCGGCCGGCCGCGACUUUCGGAAGCAGUGGCCCGAGGCUCAGGCGGCGUUCUUCGCCCGCUUCUGCCUGCUCUCCUGCGACGCGGACCAGAGCCCGAGUCCGCUGUCUCCGCGCGCCAGCUGCCUGCUGCCGCUGCACAACAUGCCGGAGUUCGGCGCCGCCUUCGGCUGCGCUUCCCGGGAGGAUUUCGUCACACAGCAGUGCCUGUUUUAGGAAACAAACGCCCGCUGAUUACAGAAACGGAACCACGCCCCAAUCUGAACUUUGGGCACAUAGUUAUUUCAAACAUAACCACGUGAACUGUAUAUAUAUAGCACCACACUUAUGCCUUCUUUAGCUAUUCGUAACUGUGCCUCAAGGACGUUUCGACGAAGUUUUUCGUGCCAGGAUUGUUAUACCACUUUCGAGCAUUAGCGUCCAUUCAGCGACCAGGUUUUACUGCGGAGUUGCCCCGCAAGUUACGCUUGAGCAUCCAUUCUUUUGUAGAGAUAGCCUUUUUUACCUGCUGGACGAAUGAUUAGUAUUCUUGGAGCGGCUUCUCGCUGUUGCCCAGUUUCACAUGCUUUCAAAAGCCGUCUCCGUUUGCGGGGAGACUUUGUCCGUUCUAUUGGUCUCUCGUAAACUGCACUCCUUGCGGGCUGUGAUUGUUGAAGGCUUGAAGGUGCUGCAUGCUCGAAUGCGAGCAGAUUUAGCAGGUCCUUACUGGUUCUGUUGCUGCGCGCCGGGUGGUGUUAACCGGUGCGUGCGAUAUUUGGUGCACGCGUAUUCACCGCUUUCUUGCUGAAUUAUGUCUUAGCCAUAGAACAUGAUUCGGGAGUCACCAGUUUCAUUCGUAGUGCGGGAUGAUUGCGGUAGCUGCAAUAAACGGUAUUCCUUUGUUUACUAA